AUGUCUAGUGCACGUACAUUCUUGACCACUGGUAAAAAAAUCGUUGCUAUUGGAAGGAACUUUAGUGAACAUGCAAAAGAAUUGGGUAAUGCUGUUCCUACAUCACCAUUCUUCUUUUUGAAGCCUACAUCUUCCUAUUUGGCUAAUGGAGGUACUAUUGAGAUCCCCAAAGGCUGUGAAGUACAUCAUGAAGUUGAACUGGCCGUGGUUAUUGGUAAGGAAGCACGCGACUGCCCUGCAUCUCAAGCUAUGGAACAUGUUGCAGGAUAUGCAUUAGCUAUCGAUUGUACAGCUAGAAAUCUUCAAAAUGAGGCCAAGAAGAAAGGAUUACCUUGGAGCACAGCAAAAGGGUUCGAUACUUUUUCACCCAUCAGUGAAUUUGUUUCUAAAGAGCAAAUUCCUGAUGCACAUAAUGUCGAUCUUUGGCUCAAGGUUAAUGACAAGUUCCGUCAACAAGGAAAUACAAAGGAUAUGAUAUUUAGUGUUCCCAAACUGAUUGAAUAUGUAUCAUCCAUCAUGAAGCUCGAAGUUGGAGAUGUCAUCUUAACAGGAACACCAUCAGGCGUAGGUCCUAUCCAAUCUGGUGAUUUAGUAACGGCUGGUAUGAAAGCAGGCACAGCAAACGAAGAUGUCGUACAAAUACGAUUUGAUGUUGCAGAUAGACAAGGUCUAUUUAAAGCCUAA